AUGGGGUGUGGGAAGCCCAGGGAUGAAAGGUACCAGGUCCCUGGCUGCCCUAACCGGUGGCUGAGAAGGCGUGCUUGCAAGCAACCAAUGGAGCAGCCGGGCCCAUCGGGGAGUCUCUUCUCAGCUAACACUGCCUCCUUUCAGGAUGCUGUGCGCGCACUGAACACCCUGCAGACCAAUGCUGGCUAUCUGGAGCAGGUGAAGCGCCAGCGGGGUGACCCUCAGGCACAGCUGGAAGCCAUGAAGCUGUACUUGGCACGGAGUGGGCUGCAGGUGGAAGACUUGGACCAGCUGAACAUCAUUCACGUCACUGGGACCAAGGGGAAGGGUUCCACUUGUGCCUUUACUGAACGUAUUCUCCGAAGCUAUGGCCUGAAGACAGGAUUCUUUAGCUCUCCCCACCUGGUGCAGGUGCGGGAGCGGAUCCGCAUCAACGGGCAGCCCAUAAGCCCUGAGCUCUUCACCAAGCACUUCUGGCCCCUCUACCACCGGCUGGAGGAGACCAAGGACAGCAGCAGCUAUGUCUCCAUGCCCGCCUACUUCCGCUUCCUCACGCUCAUGGCCUUCCAUGUCUUCCUCCAAGAGAAGGUGGACCUGGCAGUGGUGGAGGUGGGCAUUGGUGGUGCUUACGACUGCACCAACAUCAUCAGGAAGCCUGUGGUGUGUGGCAUUUCCUCUCUUGGCAUCGACCACACCAGCAUUCUGGGGGACACAGUGGAGGAGAUCGCGUGGCAGAAAGGGGGCAUCUUCAAGCGUGGCGUCCCCGCCUUCACCGUGCUCCAGCCUGACGGUCCCCUGGCAGUGCUGAGGGACCGGGCCCAGCAGAUCUCAUGUCCUCUCUACCUGUGCCCACCACUGGAAGCCCUGGAGGAAGGGGGGCCGCCGCUGACCCUGGGCCUGGAGGGAGAGCACCAGCGGUCCAAUGCCGCCUUGGCCUUGCAGCUGGCUCGCUGCUGGCUACAGCAAAAGGACUACCGGGGCAUCGGGGAGCUGAAGGUGUCCAGGCCCAGUCUCUUGCGGCAGAUGCCCCUGGCGCCCGUGUUCCAGCCCACGACCCACAUGCGGCAUGGACCCGGGAUGCGUGUACAGGGCCUGGCGUUAAGCAGGUGCACACAGCAGGUGUCCCCUGUCGCCCAUACAGACCAGCAGAACUUCAUGGUGACCCUGGACCAGGUGUUGCUCCGCUGCCUUGCACACCAACAGCACUGGAGCCGCCUGGACGAGGAGCAGGCCGGCCCGGAGCCUGGUGAGCCCACAUCCUUGCUGCUGGCUCCCCACCCGCCCGAGCCCCGUAGCACCAGCUCCCUCGUCUUCAGCUGCAUCUCCCACGCCUUGCUGUGGAUCAGUCAAGGCCGGGACCCUGUCUUUCAGCCACCCAGUCCCCCGCAGGGCCUCUUCGCCCACCCUGUGGCAGGCAGCGGGGCCGGCGUGCUCCGUGAGGCUGCUGCCAUCCACGUGCUGGUCACCGGCAGCCUGCACCUGGUGGGCGGCGUCCUGAAGCUGCUGGAGCCGGCCCUGUCCCAGUAG